AUGGACCCCCAGAGGCGAUCCCCCUCCCCCUGCUCAUCGCGGCCUGCCAGCCCCAGGACCCCACCCUGUGAGAUGCUUGGUUCCGUGGGCAUCGAGGCCGUGCUGGACCAACUGAAGAUCAAGGCUAUGAAGACGGGGUUUGAGUUCAAUAUCAUGGUGGUGGGGCAGAGUGGACUGGGCAAGUCCACCAUGGUGAACACUCUGUUCAAGUCCAAAGUGUGGAAGCCAACCCCACCGGCCUUGGGGGGGCCCGUGCCCCAGACACUGCAGCUGCAUUCAGUGACCCAUGUCAUCGAGGAGAAGGGCUUGAAGCUGAAGUUGACAGUGACCGACACACCUGGCUUCGGUGACCAGAUCAACAAUGACAAGUGCUGGGACCCCAUCCUGGGCUACAUUAACAAGCAGUAUGAGCAGUACCUGCAGGAGGAGAUCCUCAUCACCCGCCAGCGCCACAUCCCGGAUACCCGGGUGCACUGCUGUGUGUACUUCGUGCCGCCCACUGGGCACUGCCUGCGGCCCCUGGACAUUGAGUUCCUGCAGAGGCUGUGCCGGACCGUGAAUGUGGUGCCUGUGAUCGCCCGGGCCGAUAGCCUGACCAUUGAGGAGCGAGAGGCCUUCAGGCGAAGGAUCCAGCAAAAUCUGAGAACACACUGCAUCGACGUGUACCCACAGAAGUGCUUUGAUGAGGACAUCAAUGACAGGAUCCUCAACAGCAAGAUCCGGGACCGGAUCCCCUUUGCUGUGGUUGGGGCCGACCGAGAGCACCUGGUGAAUGGGAGGUGUGUCCUGGGCCGGAAGACCAAGUGGGGCAUCGUUGAAGUGGAGAACAUGGCACACUGUGAGUUCCCUCUUCUGAGAGACCUGCUCAUCCGCUCCCACCUCCAAGACCUGAAGGACAUCACCCACAAUGUCCACUACGAGAACUACCGUGUCAUCAGGCUCAACGAGAGCCACCUGUUGCCCCGCGGGCCUGGCUGGGUGAACCUAGCCCCAGCCUCUCCCCGACAGCUGACCAGCCCUGGGCCCGUGAAGGUCUGUGAGUGGACCCAGGAUGAUUCCGACGAUGAGUUCUGA